GGGCUCAAUUUUGAACGCCAACUCGCGGAGAACGGAUAGUCGGAUGUGGUGUGUUAAAAUGUUUUAUGUUGCUAACUAACUUAAGUCACAAUCAUAUUGUGUUCAAAUACAAAUAGCCCAGUGGUUUACGCGUUCGGAUCCUGAGCCAUGGCGAAAGAACGAGCCCGGAAGAAGUCCUUCCAGCAGAGUCUGGAGGACAUCAAGGAAAGGAUGAAGGAGAAGAGGAACAAACGGCUGGCCCGUGCUUCAGCCCCCAGAAGAGCACUGUCCAAAAUAAUGACCAACAACAGCAGCAGCAGUGUGGUCAACUCCAUUCACACCAUCCUGAAGGGUGUCCAGCAGAACAACAAGGAGCUGGCUCUUGGCCUUCAGGCUGAGAAGGAAAAGGGGAGACAGGCUACUGCGGUGAUCCUGCAGCUGAAGAGGGAGCAACAGGCGCUCUUCCUUCACCUACUUCUGCUCAAGAAGAAGCUCAAAGAGCAAGAGGCUCUUGCACUUAGAGCUACAGAGACUAAAGCUCCAAAUGCCUUUGUGGAACCUGUCAUGACAGAACCCAAACACCCUUUGGAUUCGUCAAGAAGAAAGCUGUCCAGCCAGAACCCUGAUAACCCGCUCGGGUGCAAAUCCUCACCAAUUUGUGCAGACCUCCCGCCCUGUGAAAAAAACGCACAAACGGACCGGCUGGCUUUCCUGCCAUCCACGGUGGAUGUGAGACGUCGAUAUGCAGAAGGAAGCAGGAGGUCUGAGCGUGUGCGAAAAAAGAAGUCCUUGAGUGAGGGUGACCCCAUCACAGGCGUUGGUACUUUGUUAGCGAGUCCCAUCCGCAGUGACCAGGAAAAUACAAAUCCGCCUCAGCAAGAAACGGAUCUCGCGGACCCCGUGGGAGACGGUGAAUUUCAGCAUUCUACCCCUGAACCCGCCCCACCCAAAAAUAGGGGCAACCAACUGCGGCCCAGCAGGAAAAAAUCCCAGCAGCAGCCCCGAACCAAACCGGUUCCUCCGCCACAGAAAGCAGAGAGAGGCCGCAAAGCAGACCGUGCUCCAUUGAAGAAACCGUGGGAGAAUCCCAAGCCCAGAGCUCGCUCCAAGAGCCGGGACCGGUCGGCCACGCGGGCCCAAGCGCCAAUGCCGUCACAGGGGAACAAGCUCAACAGCUCGCUGGGUUUCAAUGACACAUUUGACUUUGAUUGCGAGGAGGCGGUUCACCUCACGCCGUUCAGGGCCAAGGCAGAGGACGGUCUGCCGGCCAGGGCCUUCAGCGAGGAGGCUCCUCCGGCCAAGGCCACGACUGUGGCUUCCGAACAGAUCGAAUCGAGCUCCUCGUCGGCCUCCUCUGAAUCGGAGGACAGCCUUUAUGUUCCUCAGAAGCGCAGAGGGGCUCAGAAACCCCCCGACGAGACCAAAUGGAUCACAACUCGUAGAGGCCGGCGCUCUAAAGUCGUCCUACAGAAAGAAAUCGUCCCUCCAAAACAAAAGAACCCUGUCUUUAGCGAUGAGAAGUCAAGUCCUGAGGCUGCAGAGCCGGGGAAGAAAGAAGAAGAAGAAGCAGCGCAUCUCUCCCCUGACUCCAGCUUCUCUAACAGUCCCGACCCGGCGUUUUUGAGACAGGAAAAUCCACACGAGCCUCCGCGAGGGGUUAAUGAGAAGGAUUGUUUGCUGGCAGUCAGCCCUCUGGUCGAAGUGGAGAUGAUGAGAAUAGACAACGUCCUGUCUAACUUUGGUGAUUCCUCGGGUGAAGCUCCUCCUCUUUUACCUCACCCAACGCCCCAGAGGAUCAAGACGUGCAAGAAACGUGGUCUUGGUGUGAGGCCAGCAGGGCGGGGCUUGAGUCUGUGUGAUGUGACCAAUCUGUCCCCUGCAGCCUAUCGCAAGUUCUCGCACAGUGACGCCCGAUGCUCCACCCCUGUUCCUUCUCGCAAGCGGCGCUGCACCAUGGUGGUGGACUACAAGGAGCCGGCGCUAAAUGCGAAACUUCGGCGCGGGGACAAGUUCACGGACCUGCAGUUCCUCCGCUCUCCCAUUUUCAAGCAAAAUCCCGGCAGAAGGUCCGUGCAGAAAUCAAGGAAUGCAAUCAGCAGUCAGCAGGGGUUUGAUAAAUACAAUGAGUCAUUUGUAGGAUGUCGCUGAAGGCCGCCACCUUUUGGCGUUUAGGCCCGCUGCGUCGGUUUUAAUGGGAUUUUUUUUGUUUGACAGAAGUUUUAUAUUUUUUUUUUGAUGAAACACUGUGAUUAGUUGAUCUUCUUUGUUGGCUGCAGGAAUUUCUUCUGUCUGUCUUUUCUCCUUAACCUCUCAAGGUGAAUGUAUUGAUGUCUAUUUUAUGAAGGUGGACAAUUCUAUUUGACAGCAUCUUGAGUUCUGUUUGAUUUUAUUCUGCAUUAAUACGUUGUAUUGCUAAUACAUUUGUAUCUUUUCUCAGUCAUAAUAUACUGUAUUAUGUGAGAAUAAAUGCUGUUUCCUAAUUUUCUCUAUUGCAACUGUAUACAAGUUUAUUUCAAUCGCUAUGGUAGCAUCAUAAUAAAAUUAGCGUGUCCGCUCAGUAUUGUAUAAACAAUAAUAAAUGAAUUUUAAGGCGCUUGACACCAUAUAUUUUUGACCUUUUAAAACUGUAUAGAUGUGCAAAGAGGUUGUCUGCUUAAGUUUGCAUAAUUCCAUCAUUGAGUAGACACCUGGAGGAUUCUGUGUAGCUUAUUCAUUGAAGCUUG